AUUGGCAACGGCAACAUUGUAAUUGACACAGAUUUUUUUUAACCUAACCUUAACCUCAAAAUUAUUGAUUGUUUAAUUUUUAUUUAAUUUAAACAAUUUCUAAAUAAAAAAAACUAGCAAAAUCAACUAAUAAAUUCCAGUUAGAAAAUCAUGGCGUCAAAGUCGACAAACCGCAGACAAAAAUGGAGUUUGGACAACAUAAAAAUCAAAGGUCCUUCUGAGCCUUUGGCCUCUCCGCCAGCCUUUUCAUCGUCAACCGUCAGCAUCGGCGGCGAAGUCACCAAAAAAACCGACAUUUCUCGUUUAAUAAACAAAAAAUCUUGGGACUUGGCUCUGGCCCCCAUCAAACAAGUCCCGAUGAAUUUGUUUAUAUCGUACAUGGCAGGCAACUCGAUUUCCAUUUUUCCUAUUAUGAUGGUUGGAAUGCUGUUGAUGCGACCGAUUCAAGCGAUUUGGGCCACCAAAAGUACUUUUAAAAUGAUGGAAACUUCGAGUGCAAUUUUGCAAAUGAUUGUGUAUAUUUUUGGAAAUUUGGUUAAUGUAGGGUUGGCGCUUUAUAAGUGUCAUAGUAUGGGGCUGUUGCCCACACAUGCUAGUGAUUGGUUGGCGUUUGUUGAACCGCCUAUGAGGGCCGAGUAUUUAGGUGGUGGAGUAAUUUUGCAAUAGGAUUAUUGAUGUAAACUAAUUUAUUAAUAAUAUAAACUAAGAUUUUCGGUGUUUGUCUGCAAAUUCUUUGAUUUUUUCAUACAGGGCUGCUGGAUCGUCUACUCUGGGUACCUAAAU